CUGAUGGCAUCCAGUAGAAAGUCCCCCGCUCCCUGGUUAAAGCAGGACCACCAUCAAGCCAUGUCUCAAGCCGUGCAGACGAAUGGGACGCAACCUUUAAGCAAAACAUGGGAGCUCAGUUUGUACGAAUUGCAAAGAACGCCUCAGGAAGCAAUCACCGACGGCUUGGAAAUAGUGGUGUCACCCAGGAGCCUGCACAGUGAACUGAUGUGUCCCAUCUGUUUGGAUAUGUUAAAAAACACCAUGACGACAAAAGAGUGUUUGCAUCGCUUCUGUGCUGACUGUAUCAUUACAGCCCUCAGGAGUGGCAACAAAGAAUGUCCCACGUGUCGUAAAAAGCUAGUUUCAAAAAGAUCACUGAGGCCAGAUCCCAAUUUUGAUGCUCUCAUCAGUAAAAUUUAUCCAAGCCGAGAUGAAUAUGAAGCUCAUCAGGAGAGAGUGCUAGCAAGAAUCAGCAAGCACAAUAACCAGCAAGCUUUAAGUCACAGCAUUGAGGAAGGAUUAAAGAUUCAGGCUAUGAACAGGUUACAGAGGGGCAAGAAACAACAGAUUGAGAAUGGCAGCGGAGCAGAAGAUAACGGUGACAGUUCACACUGUAGCAAUGCCUCAACACACAGCAAUCAGGAAGCGGGGCCUAGUAAUAAGAGGACCAAAACGUCGGAUGACUCUGGGCUAGAACUGGACAAUAACAACACAACUGUGGCAAUAGACCCCGUAAUGGAUGGUGCUAGUGAAAUCGAAUUGGUCUUCAGGCCUCAUCCGACCCUCAUGGAGAACGAUGACAGCGCACAGACGAGAUAUAUCAAGACCUCAGGCAAUGCCACCGUUGAUCACUUGUCCAAGUACCUAGCUGUGAGGUUGGCUUUGGAGGAGCUUCGUAGCAAAGGAGAAUCAAACCAGAUGAACCUUGACACGGCCAGUGAGAAGCAGUAUACCAUUUACAUUGCUACCGCCAACGGGCAGUUCACUGUAUUAAAUGGGUCAUUUUCCUUGGAACUGGUCAGUGAGAAGUACUGGAAAGUGAACAAACCCAUGGAACUGUACUAUGCACCAACAAAGGAACAUAAAUAAGCUGUGCUGGAAAACUGAGAUGGGACUCGCUCUUUUUAUAGCUAUGACUUCUUUAAUAUUAAAAGAAGGCACCACCAUUAUCUUCAUGGACAAUACACGUGAUGCCUUCAGGCUCUCUCAGUAUACUUAUUAAUAUGAUUAGACAGUAUUCUGGGUUGUAUUUAAUUUAGUCUUUGUUUUGGGUUUUUGGUUUUUCCCUAGGAGACUAAAUGACCUUCUCCAGUGCAUUCCAGUGUUUGACAUGCUUUUUUGUUCCUAAUGCAUGAUAACUGAACGAGUGUUCCGGUUUGGAAUGUCUUAAUUUUGUCCAGGUAAAUCUGGAUUUCUAAUACAUUUGACACAGUUAUAGUAGCCUCUGUGAAGUAUUGAGCAUUGGAUGGCUAAGUAAGUCUAUUCAAUAGUAACAUAUGCCAAGGAAUGUGUUAAAAUGUUGUAAUUUGCUCAUGGUUAUCCAUAUAAAAGACUGGUAGAGAAUUGAUUUCUGAUAGUCUUGCAGCUAGAGGUAAUCUGAUUCCCUAGAAAAGAUUGAUUAGUCAUUUUCUUGUGAACAAACAGAGCUGUAGUGAGAAAACUGACACUUUAAAUCCUUGCUCUUUACUGGGCUUAAUACUUCAGUGCAAGGUGAUUCAUGAGAUGAUCGGUUUUGCUUUUUAAGGAAUAUUUCAGUCAAAAAACCCCCAAACAACCCAAACCCGUAACUCUUCCCCGUGUAGAACGUGCCGGUCUUGAUGCACAUUGCAGCUUCCCCUCUGGCCCCUGUUGCAGUGUUAGCCUGUCCUCACAAGCUUAACUGAAGAAAAUCUUCUGGAAGUUUUACAGCCCUACUCUGUGCCCUACAAGAACAGAUUUUUACUGUGAAUGUAUUAGAAUGUUCUGUAAAGAACUGUCCUGAAAACUUUUUUUUAAAGCAAAUCCCCAAAAUUCCAGCACGUGGACAUAAUGCAACAUCAAAAUGCUUUGCUUUAUGGAAUUUGUGCCACCCCGGCUGUGAGCUUAUCCGGGCUUCAGUUUGAGUAGGGAGGGCUUCAGCUGUAAGGUGCUCGA